CUGUCAAAAUGUUGUCAUCAUUUUUGGAACCCCUCCUGCCAUCGACUUUUGAUGAAUAGACUUGCUUUUUCCAUACGCCAUUAUUUAAACCUUUUUGCAUGAAACGCAAAUAAAGGAUCCCUCUCACCCCCCGGAUUUUCCAUUUUUUUCUAUUUCUUUUUUUUCUUUUUUCUCUACUUUUUCAUAAACAAAUAACAGAAAACAAUGAGCAGACCACCUAUUACUACUACAAACAAAGUCUCCAACUUCCUCUUGGAUCCUUGGUCCACUGUCAAGGUCGUCGCACCGGCUGCUGCUGUUCAAUUGGUGCUUCACAACACAGUCUUGAAGAAGGCCAGUUUGCGUGAAUUGACCUUGGGUCUUACUCUGCUGAAUGCUAUUUGGUUUGCUACUACUUUCAACUGUAGUUACGUUGAAACCCCACUGAUUGCUAAAGUGCCAAGUCUUAAUGAAAAUACAAAGUUGGACGUAGGACGUCAUCGCUUCAAUUGGAUUAAUAAGAUUGAGGCAACUGUCAGUUUGAUGAGUCUUAAUCUUUACUUGAACUGGCACGAACGUAUUUUGAAACAUAACGGUUUUGUUGACUGUGUAUUAAAAACGGCUGCUCUUGCUCCCAUUGCCAUUACUGUUGCUCAGAGCGUUUACUUCUUACCUAAAUUCAGCAAGCGCGCUGCACAAGUUGCUCAGGGAAGCGUUACUGCAAAGGACAUUUGGGACAACGAUCCAUUUUUCUUAAAGGGGCACCGUGCUUACAUCACCUUGGAUACGCUGAAGCUUUCCGCCCUGGCUGUUGCUGGUUUACGAUUUGGUACAAUGUUGAAGAAUUAAGCUCAUUUUUCUCUUUAAAAAAGAAAAAAUACAAAAAAAAUAAAAAAUAAAAAAUGAACUGUUGACUUUCACAUUACCAAAAUGGCUAUACAUUCAUUCAAAAAAAAAAGCUCAUCUUGUCUCAAAAGGUGAAAAGCGAACACACUGUAUCUGCUAUUUAAAACUCAGAGAUAUCGAUGUGGUUGAUUUUUUCAUGAUGAAGGUUAAAACAAAAUAAAUGAACACAGACCUUUCUGUAGGACAC